CGACGACGACGAAGACGCCACACUCACUCACUCGCACAAACGUGCCAUCUCUCUCUCUUCCGUUUUUUUUUGGGAGAAGAAAAUAAAAAACCGGAAACGAAGAAAGCUGAAAUCGGAGAGAAAAAAAAAUGUCGGAAGCGAGAGACCCGGCGAUUAAACUCUUCGGGAAGACGAUCCCCGUGCCAGAGAUUACGUCCAACGGGUCGGCUGACUCUACAGGAGCUCCAGCUCCGUAUUCAGGUCCUGUAGUUGAAGAUAAUAUCGAUCAGGACCAUGCUUGUUCGACCGACUCUUCGCCCGAAAACAGCACGGACGGAGAUGGAGAAGAGCGAGAGGUUAAGAAGGACACAUUGGGAGACAAGGCUAGUGAGAAUGACCAGGAAGACCCAGGCCCACCUGUGUCUUUAGAAGAGUUAACAAAUCCAGAUGCAACUUCAGGAAUAAGUGAGAAUUCUAAAACACCCUCUGUUGAGAAGGAGAGUGCCACAUUAAAAAAUUCAAAGCCCGAAGAAGAACGUAGCGAGUCUAAUAAUUCACAAGAAAAAUCCCUGAAGAAGCCCGACAAGAUUCUUCCAUGCCCCCGCUGCAGUAGCAUGGACACCAAGUUCUGUUACUUCAAUAAUUACAAUGUCAACCAACCUCGGCACUUCUGCAAGAACUGCCAGAGAUACUGGACAGCUGGUGGGACAAUGAGGAAUGUGCCUGUGGGUGCUGGUCGUCGCAAGAACAAGAAUUCUGUUUCUCACUACCGCCACAUAACUGUCUCUGAAGCUCUCCAGAAUGCUGGAACUGAUCUUACAAAUGGAGUCCACCAUCCAUCACUGAAAUCUAAUGGCACCGUCCUCACAUUUGGAUCAGACACACCCCUUUGUGAAUCAAUGGCUUCUGUACUGAACCUUGCUGAUAAAACAAUGAGGAACUGUACACAAAAUGGGUUUCAUAAACCAGAAGAGCUAAGGAUUCCAGUUUCUUAUGGAGGUGGAGAAAAUGGAGAUGAUUGUUCGAAUGGAGCUUCAGUUGCAACUUCAAAUUCAAGGGAUGAUCCUGGAAAAACUGGAUCACAAGAGCAAGUAAUGAGCAAUUUUCAGGGGUUCCCGCCUCAAAUUCCUUGCUUUCCUGGGGCCCCUUGGCCGUAUUCAUGGAAUUCAGCUCAGUGGAACUCCCCCAUGCCACCACCUGCUUUCUGCCCUCCAGGCUUUCCUAUGCCGUUUUACCCUGCCGGAGCUUUUUGGGGAUGUGCUGUGCCAGGCACUUGGAGCAUCCCAUGGCUUCCUCAGCCAACAUCUCCAACCCCAGGCUCUGGUCCUAACUCUCCAACCUUGGGGAAACAUUCAAGAGAUGAGAAUGUUCUCACAUCAAGCAACUCUGGGGAUGAGGAACCACUAAAAGAAAAGAAUGCCGAGAGAUGCCUUUGGAUUCCAAAGACACUGAGGAUUGAUGACCCAGGAGAAGCUGCAAGAAGCUCUAUAUGGGCAACACUGGGAAUUAAGAAUGACAAGGCUGACUCAAUUAGUGGGGGAGGACUCUUUAAGGCAUUCCGAUCAAAGACUGAUAAAAAGAAUAACAUAGCCGAGACCUCACCAGUCUUACAAGCCAAUCCGGCAGCAUUGUCUAGGUCACUCAACUUCCAUGAGAGCUCAUAAACAUGUAGCUUCUGAUUUCAGAAACGGUUCGUGGUGGUGCAGACAGAUUGGGAGUCUUCAACUGGUCCAUUCAAAGUUUCUUAAACUGCGAAUACCAUGGGAUUAUUUUGAGUUCACUGGCCUUAUUUCUAAGAAUCUAAAGCCAGUCCAAAUUAGGAAGAGCAGAGGAGGAUUGUCUGCCAUAUCCUCUUAAUGAGAAAAUAGCCACUUUAAUUUAGUCAUAGGAACUGAUUUCAUGUGUUAGUGUGAACAGGUGCCUUUUGUUUUGAGUAAGAUGUUUUGCUGAGUUCAUGUACAUAUUUCUAUAUGCAAUUGUGAGCGCUAGAACAAAGUGUGUACCAAAAUCCCAGAUGUUCUUAAAUAAAUUUGGGAGUUGAAUUCAA